UCCUUCAGCACUGGCCUCCGUGUCUUGUGUCCAGGAUCCCUGUGACCGGAGCAGGCCGCGACCGAUGUCUGAGUCCUCAGCACUGGCCUGGGCAUCUCUGAGCGACCGCACGCUGAGAAAGCGUUAGCCAGAAAGCGUCGCCGCCGAGCUUGGACGCCUCACGGUGCCGUUGCUGUCAUGGCCGAUGACGGCGAGUGGGUUGUGGAGAGCGUCGCUGGUUAUCUGGGGAGCCCAGAGUGGCUGAUACCAGUCAGUGAUUUCAUGGAAAACAAGUGCUCAGUGUUCGAUGACGAGGAAGAAAAUAAAUUAACCUAUACAGAAAUCCAUCAGCAGUACAAGCACCUGGUAGAGAGGUUAUUGGAGAACUACAUGCAAGAGGUGGGCAUUAGCGAGCAGCAGUUUCUGGAUGCUUGCUCAUCUCCCAUUGCCAAGUCAAAACCUUUGCAGACCCUGUUCCAGCCGGUGAUGGCCACAGACGACUUUGAGAUGUUCCGCUCCUUGAUGGUGCAAAAGAACGUGGAACUGCAGCUUCAGGCCCUGCGCGUCAUCAAGGAGAGGAACGGUGCCCUGCCUGAAUGUUUGACUGACGGCGUGGAUGUAAUGAGUGAACUGGAGCAGAGAGAGAUGCAGAUUCUGCAGGAGGUUCUCAAACAGUCGAAAGAGGAAUACGAGAUGGAGCUGGCUCGCAGAGAGCAGUUUGAGCAGGAGGUGGGCUCCACUUCCACGAGCUCCCAGAACAGACCAAUCAGAAAUGGCACUGACCCACUGGCUCCGGCCCAUCUUCCCCCACAUCCAAUCAACAGUACGAAUGACACUUCAAAGACAGAGGGGCAGGCAGGAGAAUUGUGCACUGCAGUUCCUGGAAGCACAGAGCAGAUGUCUGUCAAAAUGCCUGCCAGACCUUCAGAGAAAGGCAUCAUAGAGACCAAGACACUGCCAGCUGUCCGGGCACCGGUCAAGGGUCAUGCCCUCCAGCCGAUGACCAAGGAAAAGACUGCCAGUCAGGCAGCAGAAAGCUGGCUGGAAGAGGCACGGAAGGAGGCUGGCAUCUCCAAGGCUUUCAAAGAGCUAACAGUAGCCCAGCAGGAGCAGCUGCAGCAGAGAGCAGAGUACCUGAAGCAGCAGAGGGACAAGCUGCAGGCCCUGAAGAAAGAGCAGAAAGCCACGCCCUUUUCAGCUGAGGAGCCCCGAGAACCCCCCGCCCCCACACCCCCCCCAUUGGAGAUCUCCGUCGAAGAGAAAAAGAAGCUCGAGAAGCGGAAACACUUGGCAGAGAAAUUAAAGGAAGAGGUUAUCAAGAAGUGAAAAAGUGUCAAUUGCGUUUCCAUCUCUGUGUGUCCUGGACUGGGGAGGUGAUAUGCAGUAAUUGUGCUGAACUGAAAUAAAUCCGCAGAACAACCUGUGGUGCAGGAGAAAAUGUGCUUUUCAUUCAGUGCUGUACUGACAUUGUGUUGUAAUCGCAUUAAAUCCUACCUUCUUUAAUAAAUGCAGUUUUAUA